UCGCCAAUGGCAUUGGGACGGAAAUGAGCAUUCAUAUCAGCGUAUGGAAGGAGCUAAGCUGGACAUGAGCUAAUUUUCCAGUUAUAUAUCUCUGCUAGCUACGUUUCACGUUUGAGAUCUAGGUUCAGCAACAGAAGAGUCAUUUAGGAGGUGGGGAGAAAUACAAUCAUCAUCAUCAUCAUCUGCCUGUGUUAGUUUGCUUCAGGCCAGCAUCAUGGGUGAACCACAGCAGGUUAGUGCCCUGCCGCCUCCACCUAUGCAGUACAUCAAAGAGUAUACAGAUGAAAAUAUCCGCAAGGGUCUGGCUCCCAAGCCACCUCCACCCAUCAGAGACAGCUACAUGAUGUUUGGCAACCAGUUCCAGUGCGAUGACCUCAUUAUUCGGCCCCUGGAGAGCCAAGGCAUUGAGAGGCUCCAUCCUAUGCAGUUUGACCACAAACGGGAGCUGAAGAAGCUCAACAUGUCCAUUCUCGUGAACUUUCUGGACUUGCUGGACAUCCUUAUCAAGAGCCCUGGCAGUAUAAAGCGUGAAGAGAAGCUGGAGGACUUAAAGCUUCUGUUUGUUCACAUGCAUCACCUGAUAAAUGAGUACAGGCCACACCAAGCCCGGGAGACACUGAGGGUGAUGAUGGAGGUGCAGAAGAGACAGAGACUAGAGACAGCUGAGAGGUUCCAGAAACAUCUGGAGAGGGUGGUGGAUAUGAUUCAGGGAUGCCUUGCCUCCCUACCAGAUGAUUUACCACAGAUGGAAGGUUCAGACAGUGUUGGUGAUGGAACAAGGAGUGUGUCUGCAGCAGCAGCUGCUGUUGUUUGUUCGUCUGGACAAGCCCCCAGGCUGAAACCUGAACCUAUGGAUGUAGAGGAAGCAGGUACCAGCUGUAUGGCAGUAGGUCUCCAGGACAAGAGCAGCCCUACUUCAAAGAAGGAAAAAAUAUGGGACAAAGAUGCUGCUAUGUGCAGUAUUAUUGAUGAAAUUGCAUAACUUUUAUGUUAAAUAGUCUUGUUUCCUUUUUUUUUGUUCACCUAAACUGGAUUUAUUUUGGGGAUGCUGUACUUAAUGUAAGUUUGCUCUGUUUUCACUAGGCCUGAAAGUCCAUCUAGACUUCAAUGGUGUUUUGCUUAAAAGCCAUUCUGUAGAUAUUAGUUUUUGUGAAGAUAGUCAGAGAAGUAUUACACAGAUAAAUUGGGGUGCUAACUUUCAGUUUUUGUAAUAAAAACUAAUUAAACAUUUUUUUCCAGUUG